UGAGUGAUCAUCAUGAUAGAAGAAAGAUGGGUAUUUUAGGAAGUGAAGGUGUUCUUAGGCUUGGAGCUGCGGUUCUUCUGGUGGUCACGGCCUGUUUGGUAGCCUUGGAUUCCCAAACCAAGUUCCUUUACUAUCAAAUUGCCAAAAAAGCCACUUACAAGGAAUUGAACGCCCUUUACGUGGUGGUGUGGGUUCACUCGGCGGCGGCUAUUUAUAGCCUGCUGCAGUCUGGAAGAUGCUUCUUCUUCGCCGCACCUAUUCAUCAUGGAACUUCAAGACCGGCCACAUCUUCUUACCUCACAACUGCCACUCUUUGUUUCAUACUAGACCAGGUUGUAGUUUAUGGGGUGUUCUCUACUAAUUCAGCCGGGGUUGAGGCGUCAAUUAUGGCGAUAACCGGUGCAGACAGCUUUCAAUGGAUGAAGUUAUGCAAUAAGUUCACGAGAUUCUGCUACCAAAUUGGGGGAGCUUUAUUGUGUGGUUAUGUGGCGUGUCUAUUGAUGAUUGUUGUUUCCUCCAUUUCCGCUUUCAAUCUUUUUCGACUCUAUUCUCCUAACAAGUUCCUUAUCCUAAAAGCUAAGUGAUUAUCUAAAUUAAAACUUAUGUUUGAUUCAUUUAAUGUUUGUUUGAAUCAACAUCACAUGCUUGUGCUUUUUCAUUUGCAUAGAAUAGAACUCCCCUGUUUUUUUUUUU